AUGACUUGCAACUGUUCCUUAUUCUGCCUGUCUUUUCUUGACCUUUUUUCGGUUCUUUCAGGGAAAAGCAAAAGGGGAGAGCUGAGUAUCUUUCCAAAAUCAGUUGUAGUUUUAUCCCAUUGUCUUCAUAUGAUGCCCAGGCAAAAAGUUGCUGCUGGUUCAGAAAAUGCCAGUGUGAAGAAAACUGAUUUGUGGCUUCCAGGAAGGGGCAGAAAUCCUGGAACUUAUAUACUAAAAGAUCAGGAAACUCGAUAUCGUCAACGUUACUUGGAUUUGAUGUUGAACUUGGAGGUUCGACAAAUAUUCAAGACCCGGGCAAAGAUUAUUUCUUUUAUUAGAAGGUUUCUUGAUAAUCUUGAUUUCUUGGAGGUUGAGACACCCAUGAUGAACAUGAUUGCUGGGGGAGCAGCUGCCCGUCCAUUUGUGACCCAUCACAAUGAUUUGAAUAUGAAGCUGUUCAUGCGCAUUGCACCUGAACUAUACCUUAAGGAGCUAGUUGUUGGUGGGCUGGACCGUGUGUAUGAGAUAGGAAAACAGUUCAGGAAUGAAGGGAUUGACUUGACUCAUAAUCCUGAGUUCACUACAUGCGAGUUUUAUAUGGCUUUUGCAGACUACAAUGACUUGAUGGAGCUAACUGAAAAAAUGUUGAGUGGGAUGGUCAAAGAACUUACAGGUGGCUAUAAAAUUGAAUAUCAUGCGAAUGGUUUGGAGAAUGAUAUAAUUGAGAUUGACUUCACUCCCCCUUUCAGGAGGAUUGAUAUGAUAGAAGAGUUGGAGAAGAUGGCAAAUCUCAGCAUACCCAAGGAUCUCUCGAGUGAUGAAGCUAACAAGUAUUUGGUCGACGCAUGUGCAAAGUUUGAUAUCAAAUGCCCCCCUCCGCAGACAACAACUCGUUUGUUGGACAAAUUUCUGAGGAAAGCGCCCAGGUGGCUGCCUCGGACCCCCAGAGGAGCACUCAAAAACUUACGUCACCAACAUUAUGGGCAUCCUGCUGACUGUUGCCUAUGUGCUUUAGGUCACUUGUAUUGCUCAGGUGCUUGCACUGGCAUCAAGGUGGGGUCACCCGGAAGGAUGGUCAAAGAACUUACAGGUGGCUAUAAAAUUGAAUAUCAUGCGAAUGGUUUGGAGAAUGAUAUAAUUGAGAUUGACUUCACUCCCCCUUUCAGGAGGAUUGAUAUGAUAGAAGAGUUGGAGAAGAUGGCAAAUCUCAGCAUACCCAAGGAUCUCUCGAGUGAUGAAGCUAACAAGUAUUUGGUCGACGCAUGUGCAAAGUUUGAUAUCAAAUGCCCCCCUCCGCAGACAACAACUCGUUUGUUGGACAAACUAGUGGGCCACUUUCUGGAGGAGACAUGUGUAAAUCCUGCUUUCAUCAUUAACCAUCCAGAGAUAAUGAGUCCGUUGGCAAAGUGGCAUAGGGCAAAACCAGGCUUGACGGAACGUUUCGAGUUGUUUAUCAACAAGCAUGAAGUUUGCAAUGCAUACACUGAAUUGAAUGAUCCUGUGGUGCAACGCCAGCGUUUUGCUGAUCAACUCAAGGACCGGCAAUCAGGCGAUGAUGAAGCAAUGGCUUUGGAUGAGACAUUCUGUACAUCCCUUGAAUAUGGGUUGCCUCCAACUGGUGGUUGGGGAUUGGGUAUAGAUCGCCUUUGUAUGUUGUUGACAGAUUCACAGAACAUCAAGGAAGUUCUUCUCUUUCCAGCCAUGAAACCACAGGAUGAACAUUCUACUAAAGUGGUUUACUCUGGUGAACAAUUUCAGGACCGGCAAUCAGGCGAUGAUGAAGCAAUGGCUUUGGAUGAGACAUUCUGUACAUCCCUUGAAUAUGGGUUGCCUCCAACUGGUGGUUGGGGAUUGGGUAUAGAUCGCCUUUGUAUGUUGUUGACAGAUUCACAGAACAUCAAGGAAGUUCUUCUCUUUCCAGCCAUGAAACCACAGGAUGAACAUUCUACUAAAGGUACAGACUUUAAUAUCUUGUACUUUGUUUCCUGGUUGUGUAUACUGAUUCUUCCAAGCUGCCAUGAAGUGGCAGUGUCCUAACAAUGUGUUAACAUAUACAACUGGUAUUAUUCUCGUUGGUCUUUUCUGGUUUCUUUUUGGCCAUAAAACCUCUGGAACCUUCCGCAAGAGGUACACCACAAUUUGUCUUGGCUGCAUGUCCUGUUUUAGUCUAAUUGUGAUGGUAGACAAGUUCAAUAACUGUAGGACAGUUUUGGUCUGCCACCAACACAUCUCAAUAAAUACCUAUGAAAAUACCAUGUCCAAGUAAAGAACUUCUGCGAUACAAAAAUUAACUUCCUCUAAAGAAAAAGAUGCAAGGAGGUGUAGAGGGCUUGCAUAAAGUGUCCACCCUGGUAUGUGUUUAUAUAUAUCCGAACCCCAUAUUUUCAGCUUGUUUCUUGUCUCCAAACUCACCCUAAUCCGUCUUAUGCUCGAUCCUACUAUGGCUUAUCCAUUUUUACAUCCAUAAAACAUGAUAUAAAUCACUCAUGGGGCAUUAAAGAUCAUUUCUCAAUGAUCCCUAGACAUACCUACUUUUUUAAACCCUAUAGCAUACGCAGUACAAGCUCAUAACUGCAUCAACUUAACUGUCAUAUAAAACUAAAGCUUAAGCUUAGUUUUUGCGCUCCCUACCUCUUGCAAACUCUACCAAAUUGGACUUAACAUGUUGAAGUCAUAUAGUUCAUGCUUUGUGCCAAGUAGACUCUGGAUAUAAGGUGCAUAACUCAUGCCAAGCUACAUGAAACCAUGCUUCUUACACCAAAUAACAACUUAAGCCAUAUACCGACCGCGCAUGAGCUUCAGGUUUAAAAUUCAAGGAAAGUAGACAUGUUCCAACCAAUAAAAAGGAUAUUCUUCAAGUAAAAUCAAGUUCCAAUUCAAUUCUUUUUUGAAAACUUGCUUUAGAACACCAAGCUAGAAUUUUGAAGCUGAAAGAAAAGUAGGGUUUGAAAAAUAAGAGGAAAUAGUGAGGAAGACAAGGGAAGUGCUAAGUUUGUCUGUAAUCAAUUAAAGCAGUUUUCAAACCAAUGAUAUUGAUAUGUAUCAGCAUUUUUAUUUACAAAUAAUUGCACUAUACUCCAUAAAUCAUUAAGUGUUACUUUUACCUUGAAACUUUCUAGUAAGAUUUCACUUUUAACCCACAACAUUUGUAGCUCAACUAUCUAUAUUUUAUUCUUCCAUUCUAAAAAGAAUUUUACAUAGAAAUACAUUACCCUUGCUGAAACAAGUGAUGUUACUCCCUCCUAAUGUCUUCCUCUCCCAUGUGGCUUGUUCCUCUGAAUGACUUCGCCGCAACAUUGGUGCACAACACUUCAACAUGGAACAUAUCUUUCCUCAACUCAAUAGGUUGUGAUAUUGAAACAUGAGACUGGAUCAGACUGAUACUUCUUGAGCAUUGACGUAUCAAAAUAUAUCAUGAAAUUUAAACAAUUUUGGUAGUUGGGAUAUGGGCUAGUAUUAUACAAAUUCCAGAACGUAUACUCUUUUCGCCAUUUCUCAGGUAUUUUUGGUUACCAUUGUUUGUAAUGAUGACACUAUUGGCCAUCUGAUUUGAUUACUUGGCAAAUGCAGCUGAUCAAUGAUUGAAAGAUCAUCAAAUUUGAUUGAGGUGGGAUGCUGGUCAACUUUUGGUCAGAAAUUCUUAUG